CUGACGUGAAGCAGGCGGUCAUGUGACUCACCACACAACGGUCACAACAAAGAUGUCGGCUGCAGGGAUCGGCCGGGUUUUCGUGAUUUUAGUCGGUUGUGUUUUUAGUUCGUGUGAAAGUUUGUUCAUCGGAGGAGAUUCUUACAAAAGAGAGCUUACUGUGAAGUUGUACCCGAACACGACGCCCUCUGGCGGUGAGCUCCUUCACGUGAGAGCUGUGGGCGGAAACGACACAUUGCACUUCCUGUUCUGCAGCCAGGGGGCGCCAACAUUGCUGAUCGUUCACACCAACUCUUCUUCCUCUACUGUCAAGGUGAACUGGCCUGAGUUUUUGGCUCGUAAUACCAGCGGCAGCCUGACAGUGGAGCCGCAGAGCAGCGUCCUGUACAGCACCGCCGUUGUCUUUAGCCGGCUGUUGGAGUACGAUGAUGAAAACGACACGGCCGAGGCGAAAUCCAACUUCUUCCCCGCCUACGAGCUGAAGGACUUCAUCUGGACUCGGAUGAACCUGUCCGAUUCCACCGCGACGCUGUGCGGGUCUCCCCCACGGCCUGGCAAUGGGUCGCUUUGCCUGCAGUUGUCUGUGUUUGGCUCAGAGGGGCGUGUUGACCUUGAGCCCCGCCUCCUCCAUUCUGCUAACUCCUCCCAGUUGGAGGUGUGGCUUAACGGCCUGCCGCCCCGAUCCAAUACGUCCAGGUUCAUGUUGGAGCUGGAAGCGGUGGGCGGGGCUUAUCCACUGAACAAAGUGGACGUUCGAAAGUUCAUCGACGACGAGUACACACCUUCAAUAUUCCAGGUGUCUCUGUGGGUGUCUUCACCGAACAACGGCUCGGACAUCCUGGGUUUCGUCCAGUGGAAGCCAGUGGCGUACCGGACGUCCCGUCCGAGCCUGGAGGACGCAACGCCGUGCCGUAACUCCGAUCCACAGCAGCAGAGCGGGAACUCGACGUCUGCUUCAUCGGCUCUGAUUAAAGCUUUUUACUCCGACCCAGCAGCCAUGGGGAUGAACGUUAGCUUCGGCAUAGCUGGAGAACCUUACUACAACAGCACCAUGUUCCUCAGCUGGACGAUGCUGGUGGGCGUCGGCUCCCCUCCGAUUGACUCGUUCUCCCCGCUGGUGAUCGGCAUCUUAACGGCUGGUCUGGGGAUUCCCAUCGUCCUCCUGCUGGGGGGCGGAGUUUUCGUCUUCAUAGCGAAGAAGCGGGAAUCCUCAGGAGCGGGCUAUGAGCCAAUCAACUGACAGCAUAGUACCAGCCAAUGAGAUGUUGAGACUUUUUUUUUUUUUAAAACUUCGUAUGACAUCACUGAUGAUUCAGCCAAUCGAGAAGCAGUCAGUUUAAUAUUUCAGCCGUAACUCAGAUCAGUUUCAGUCAGUAGAUUAAAUUGGCAGGAAGCAGAAAAAUGUUUUAAGCGAGCAUGACUGAGAUUCAAAAGCAUUUAUUUUAUAUAAAUAAAAUUUGCUUUCUUUCUUUUUUUUAUAAAAAUGUAUAGAUAUUUCAUAUAAUGUUGAGAUUUUAAAGAAAGUUAUUACUUCGUAUCUCAGGUUUGGCCUCAAAAUAGAAAGCUACUGAUUACACAACAUAUUUA